UUGAAUUGGGGAUCUUAUAAUUUUGAAUAUAACUUUCGAAGAAAUUGAACAAGUUCUAGUUUGUACUUUCUUAAGUUAAUAUCCUAAAAAUGGAUGAAAACAAACAUUUUUUGACUUCACUGCCGACAAUACUGGGUUUGAAAAUAAGGGCAAAUAUCGAAUAUAUUCGAGAACAUUUUAUUGUACCAAAUCAGCAAAAGUACCCGUGGUAUCAUCAAAAGUUUCAGCGGGUUCCAACAAUUGAUGAAUGCGGUGAAUUAGAUAUAGUUUGUCGUUUGGAAGCUCAGAUGCAAUUUGAGCGUGAUAAGAUGGUUGAUGAUGAAAUUGUUCAUAUUACAAGACAACGAUAUCAGCAGUGUUCCUGGUGUUAUGGAGCCGAUAGCAAUAAAUAUUGUAGUGAUUACCGUAAAGUUUAUGAAAAUACAGCUGCUGCAUGGUUUAUAAAAUAUGGAGAUAUGGCUUAUCCCAUAAAUGUAGUUGAGGCAUUUAUGAAGCAGAAGCAUCGAAUGAUUUGGGAACGGCGUCAUGGUCCAGUUGGUUCUGGCAUUACUAAUAAAAAGUAUGCAAUAUAAAUUAUUAAUUGAUAUCUACACUAUUGAAAUUAAAACUGUGUUAGCAUCAUUGUAGUUUGUAUAAAAUGCCAAAAUAAACUAAUG